AUGAGUUUGGCUCACGUCGAUCUCGCACUCUCUCCACAACAGAAGACGUCGCUUGUCAAUCAGAUCACCUCUGCUGAGAGGGAAAUAAAGCAUUGGAUCGAAAACCCAUUCAGUAAAGAUAGCCAUAACUCGAAGGCUGCCCUCGUCAUAGGGAUAAUAGCGACGUAUUCCCUGCUCACUGCGAUACAACUCAACCCGACGCUCUCCCACAACACAUGCGGCCCUUCUCCUCAACCCGAUGGUUGCAUCAAGCUGGCGGGGAACAGCACGGAUUCCAUCGUCAAAUUGUACGAUUGGCCGGUCAUGGUCAAAAAAGCGCUUUCCUCCCUGGGACAAAUGUUGGAGAACCCGAAAGAGCAGCAAAAGGCCAACCAAUUCUUCUCUGCUCUGGAGCAAGGCGACGACGAUCUCGGAUAUCUGUACGGGAUAUUCCAAAAGUCAAAGAACUCGUCGAAAGCAUCAAGGAUAGUGGCCAACUUCGCGCUGGCGGCAGCUGGCCUUCGUGCCGCCUUGGAGGGCAAGGAAAUCCCGGAGAAAUGGGGGCGGGCUGAUAAGCAAACGGGGGCAGAGUAUCUCCAGCAACACCGGGGGGCGAACCCAAGUGUGGGACCGCAAGCGUUGCUACUUCCCCUCCACCAGGCAUUGGCGGUCUCACCCUUGCUGCUUCUGCAAACGAGGGACGCCAUGGGGAAGCAUGUGGCAAGGCAUUGGCAUCUCUUAAUGUGGAAGCACCUAGGCUGCCAACGACCUCCUUUGCUGGGCUUGAUCGAGAAUAUCAUUUGGACGACCCUGUGUCAAGUUGCUGUGAGGCCGAAGGAAAUACCUCAGGCCAUGGCAUCCCUAUACGAACGUCUCAAAGAAAUGACACGGUACGACAAGGAGAACAACGCGUUUGAGUUGGAAGUUGAGCCAGAGUGCCAUGAAUUCUACAAGUCGCUGGAGCCUCUCUUUUACGUGCCAACAUCUGUCGACGACGGCCCGGCAUUGGCCCAACCAGCCCUAGCUCCCGGAACCCCCCCAACCCCGCCGUCUAAUACCUCCUACCAUCCUCCAGCUGCUGGACCUUCGGGGUUGAAUGCCCCGAGGGAAAACUCACCCCCGCCUGAUGGCCCUCUUAGCAAUGCCGGCAAAGGGGAUGACGCCGAGGACAAGGACGACAACGACAACGACAACGACAAAGACGACAACGACGAUGAAAGGGACGAUGAUGUGGAUAGGACAGAGACUGCCGACAUCAACCUGGAUGCUGGCAAAGUGGGCGGUGGCCAAGAGCCCAUUGGAAGCAGCAAACGCAGACGCGGAGACGACGACGCCGAGGACGACGCCGAGGACAACAACGACGACGACGACGACGACGAUGACGACCCAAAAGCUGGGCCAUCAAUGCGCAAGAGGCUAAGACCCACCGUGCCCUCCGACGACAGCGACGAUUACCUUACGCACAAGCUCAAGAGGCUACACAAGCACCCAUCUACUCCGUCCCCUGGCGAUGAGAACGACAACCAAACCCCUUCCGCCACCAAGCCCCCCGCCUCCAAGCCAUCGCCUGCGAAAAAGGGCCCACGCAAACCGCCCAGCAAGCCAUCCUCCUCCAAAACAAGGCGACAGACGUCCACAACCCUAAGCCGAUCGCAAGGUGCUGAAGGAGGAAAGAGAGGCGGCAUUCCCCCCAACCAUACUAGGGGUCCCAGAAAAUGGCUAGCUCGUCUUGUAGGUACAUCUGCUGAGGAGCGCUACGCUGCUCCCCCAACUGUCCUCUUUGAUAUCCGCGGCGAAGCCGUCGAACUUCUCCCAUCCUUUCAUCACGAGUACGCCAGGGAGUCUUUCCUCGCGUUGAUCAGAGGCAUUCGACGGACGUGUGGAGAUCGUCCCCCCGAUUAUACCUCGGGCGACGGGAAUGGCACCGCAAUCAAGUCUGUGCCUUACGAUGUCUAUAAGCAAUGGUCCCCCAGCCAAGUGGGGGAGCUGUUGAAUACGAAGGCCAUCUUGGUGACGGGCGUGCCUGUAGAAGCUCCGGAGAGUUUCGAGGGCGCAUUAAGGGGUCUAAACAGAUUCCUUGACGCAUCCAUAAUAUGCAACGAUCAAUCGAUAGAUUUGGGUCCCACAGGCAAUGAACGCCUUAGAAGGGCCACCCUGGAAGAGAUCAUCGCAAUCUCCAAGUCGCCCGAACGCAAGGCAAUCAACUUCCUCGACUUCCCUGGUCCUCUGCCAGCAGGAACGCCGCUGGUCUCCGACGACACCUUGGAUCGCGUUUGUUAUUCAGCAACAUGGUCCCACCACAUGCCUCGGAAAGCGGCAGACAUGUCGGCGCUGACAUGGACCAUUGCUGCCACUCCGUCAACUUGGCACCACGUACAUGUUGACUCGAACGGUUUCGGAACGGUAGUAGUUGCUACUUACGGUAGGAAGCUUUGGGCGUUGAUCCGACGAAAGGACGACCCUUAUUCGUCAAGGCCUAUUGACUGGGCAGAAGAUGUCAUUGGCUACAAUGACGCUGUUUUGGACUCGGAAGACUACGAAGUGUCUUACGUGAUUUUGGAACCGGGAACGCCGCUGGUGAUGCCUGGAGGGUGCCCUCACAUGGUUGUAACCCUUGAGGACUCAACCGUGUUCUCAGGGAGCCACUUUUACCAUGGGAGGAGCAUCCGGCGUCAUAUGUUCAGCCUCAUCAUCUCUGCUGCUAUGCCCAGCGCCACGAACACGGAGCACGACGAGUGCACAAUUUCUAUUAUGGGGCGCGUAGUAGAGAUGAUAGGAAAGGCUUGCCUUACUCCCAACGUUGUUCCUGAUAAUCUCUGGCACCAUCUGCCCGAAGUCUCCACAACGGAGGGCAUGAAGGAUGUCCUCGUCGUUUGUGCCGUAGGCCGGCUUCUUCCGGUCUUCUUCUCUCAGCACGUCGAAUGUCAGGAUGAGGUUGCCGUCAUCUCCUCAAAUGCUCUCAGAGUGGCACGGCAGAUCCAGGCUUCGGAUAAAUUCAGGUUUAGCUUCGCUGGCCGGCCUCUGAGUUUCAUCGGAGAUAUUUACAAAGUAUAUCUGCAGCAAGUCUGCAGGAUAUACUGUCACUUGCUUUCGGAGCAGGGAUAUCCUAUUCCCCUUGAACAGAUACGGCGUUUGCGCGAAUGCGACGAUUUUGAGCCAGGAUUCCGGGGUGGGCCAGGGGGCGGCAAGGCUCCCAAACAGCCAGAUAGCCUUUCUGAUUUGCGUUUGGACUUGGCUGUGGAAUGUUUCAUAGAUUUUGUCUUGGAGAAAUAG